AUGGCAGCUUGCUUGAUCCAGCGAUUGUGUCGCCGAGUUCUCAGUCGGAAAACUGCCAGUGCGGCCAAAAGCAAUGACGAUGAGGAUGGGAACGAAGACGAUAAGCCGUCCCCAGUUCCGCAACGUCGGCCGUUCUCCAUUGCUGAUGUUGUGCUUGGAUCUGCUGUCACCAAGUCGGUUGGGUCGCUGCUGAACCAAGACGAGAGGCCGGAGCCACCCCGCCUGAACUCCGCAGCCACAGUACCCCGCAUGACCCUAAGCCAUCCUCAAGAACCACAUGAACACCACCGAAGCUCCACAGUUCCUUCGAUCCCUAUCAACGAUCCUAAUGAAGUAGCGAUGCCAGCCGAGGCACAGACUAAGACAAGUUCACGCAGUGACGUGUAUGAAGACGAUGAAGAGUGGAAAGCACCACAAUCGCGAUCGACAAGCUCCACCCCACGGACUGCUCGCAGCACUAAGGAAGACGUGCAUGCACCUCCAGCCCAUUCGACUGCCUCAACUCCACGCACCAGCCGUAGUGUAACAACAGAUGCAGACACCACCCGACAAAAUGCCGCUGCAGUGCGGAUUCAAGCGGUGAGCAAGGGCUUUUGCGUUCGGCAGCGCAUUGCAGAGGGCAAUGCUGGAGACAUGAGCAGAGCUUACAUUGAGCGAAAACACUUGACCGUUGCCUUCGACCGUGCAGUAAGUAGACUGGAGCUUGAGCAAGAGUUUCUAGAGGAGCUCAGCGCAGUCAAGAUCCAGGCGCUGGUGCGCGGCCACCAAAGCCGGUUACUCACCGAAUGCAUGAAGGCAGGUGUCUACACAGCGGCGAGUACGAUUCAAAGGUCCUUCCGACAACAUCGAUACAACACCCAGCGCGCGGUCGACGAAGGCGUGCGCAGCAUAGCUGCUCGUGCAAUUCAACAGGUUUAUCGAGAGUACGAGACACGACGGGUAGCUAUUCACCAAGCUGCAGUGCACCAGGAGCUCCUGAGCGUCCAACAGAUUGCCGCCAGCACGAUCCAACACUUCUGGAGACAGUACUUCAGUACCCGCGAUCACUGCCUUGAAGAGAUUGAGGCUGCUACGUGCAUUCAAGCUCUCGGACGUGGCCAUCUCACUCGGAAAUCCCUGAAGUCUCUGCAUGGAUCAUCGUCAAGUGGGCUCUCAAAACAUUCAUCAGCAUUCUCCAUGUCGUCUUCCGCUGAGAAACUGCCCGAAGAGGAGGAACCUGGCAGUGGACGCAAGGAACAAACGCUUAGUGUCAACUACAGCUUCCUGCCAGUCAGCAUCCGCGAGCUGUACAUGUCGUCAAGGGGAAUUGAGCUUUUAAGUGCUAACAGUGAGCUGCACGCAGAAGAGAUCGCUGAGCUGGGACUUACGUUCGCCGACUUUUUGCGCGAGCUGGAGACCUGUACAGAUCUUGUUGUCGGCUCUUCAGCUCUGGAUGCCAUGCGAAUUGUGGUGGAGACGUCCCCAGAGUCCACCAAGACUCUAGCGAAUGUAGUCAAAGUAGCACAAACUCUCGAUCGGCGGUUGCAGAAGGGUUUCUGGAACGAAGCUAUUGAGGCUUCCAGCAUCGCUUUGCUCCAGGCCUUCCGUGACGUAUUAGACGUUCAGUAA